AUGACGCUGGAGGAAGAGGAGGAGGCCCUCUACGCCGCCGCCUCCAGCAGCGCCGAGUCCGACAUCAGCGCCCGCAGCACCAGCUUCGACCCGAAUUUCGACUCCGACAUGAGCAGGUACCCGGCGUCCGUCACGAGCUCGAUACGGGCACACGUCUACGAGGGCGGCCUGCGGUACCACGCCUACCGCGACGGCAAGUACCCGUUCCCCAACGACGACGUCGAGCAGAACCGCGACGACAUGAAGCACACUAUGAGCCUGAUGCUCUGCCGCGGCGCGCAUUUCUAUGCUCCUGUCGAGGACAUGUUCAAGAAUGGAGCCCAGGUUUUGGAUCUUGGCACAGGAACCGGCAUUUGGGCCAUGGAACUGGGCGACAAAUAUCCCGCAGCCGAAAUCACCGGCAUCGAUCUGUCCCCGAUACAGCCGAAUUACGUACCGGAAAACGUACACUUUUUCGUCGACGACUUCGAGGAGGAGUGGCUGGACCCUGAAAACAAAUACGACUACAUCCACGUCCGAUACGUGGUGCACUCGGUCCGGGACAUGAAGGGACUCAUACAAAAGGCGAUGCACCACCUGAAACCGGGCGGUUAUCUCGAAUUCCAAGAGUUGCACUUUUACCCGCGAUGCGAUGACGAGACAAUGACGGCCGAGACACCAUACGCCCUGCGAGACUUUUACCACUACAUGGAAGACGGCAUGCGUGCGAUGGGGUAUGAGCUUCAUGCCGUCCUGUCACUGACCGAGGAGCUGCAGGCGGCAGGCUUCGAGAAUGUGCGGAGCAGGUCGCACAAGACACCAAUCGGGCUGUGGCCGAGAGACAAGCGCCUCCGGCUGUGCGGCCUGUUCAUGCGGACGGCAAUCAUGGACGGCCUGCGGGGUCUUAGUCGGCGACCUUUUCUGGCUCUUGGUUGGACGCAACUGCAGAUCGAGAUGUUCCUAGUCGACGUGCGCAAGGCCACCAUGAACGGCAUGUUCCACACCUUCUUUACGUUCCACGGCAUCUACGGCCAGAAGCCUCUCGACGGCGGGCAGGGAUCGAACCAACAGUCCGCUACUGCGACGCCGCCGUCUCCCGUGGGGCAUUAG